GGAGAGGGCACUACGAACGUUCUUGACGUCAAACGGUGUUUAGCAUUAUCGAUGACCGGCGGAAUUAAUAUUGAAAAACCCCACUUCAUUUAUGUCGUCCAUGAAAACAUUCAUCAUGCCGUGAGACGGAGAAUCAGUUGUGCGUAUCUUCGAUGAUGUCUGUGUUUAACUGUGACAAUACAUAGUACUAGCCAACCACGCAGUCACCAGUCAUGUGUGACAUGCAAAGAAAAUAUUUCUCCCCGCGGCUUCUCGACUACAUCGUGAUCACGGGGAGUCGGCACCCCAACCACAACAACCAUGUGUCCCAGACCCCGGAGCUGCUGCGACGCUACCCGCUGGAGGACCACAAGGAUUUCCAGCUCCCGAUUGAUGUUGUCUUCUUCUGCCAGCCGGAGGGAUGCAUCAGUGUGGGGCCCAAACGCAUGAGUCUGAGGGAGACCACCUCAUUCGUGUUCACGUUGACGGAAAAAGAUUCGGGAAUCACGAGAUACGGAAUUUGCGUCAAUUUUUUCCGACCUUUCGAGAAGCAGAGCUAUUCCUCCUGCGACUGGCAGAAGUCGGACAGACUGAACUUGUGUAGCAUGAAUUCUGGUGAUGGGGGCUCGUUGGAGUCUGAGAAGCCAAAAUCCCCCAGGACUAAGUCUAGGUCUCGGCCGGCUGGUCGUGUACGUAACAAUACCCUGACAUCGUUGUGUAUCAUCAGUCAUCAUCCAUUCUACUCGACGUUCCGCGAGUGCUUGUUCGUGUUGCGUCGGUUGAUCGAAGCGUGUCAUGACAGAAGCUGCACAAAAAGAAUUGGUGGAUCGAAAGGCUCCGCUAGGGACACGGUGUGGGGCGUGCUGACUGGACAGUGCAGUGACAACAUUCCUUCCCUUGUUAUGCAUGAAGUUCGUGAGAUUGAGACGUGGAUUCUGCGCCUACUUAGUGCUCCGGUUCCAGUGCCUAUGAAAACCAGAGUGGAGGUGAGCAUCUUGCCGAAAGACCUGCAGCCCCCUCUGCUGUUUGCCCUGCCCGACCACACCCGGUUCACGCUGAUCGACUUUCCUCUCCAUCUACCUCUUGAGCUGCUCGGUGUCGAGACGUGUCUCAAGGUCUUAACUGCUGUUAUCCUCGAACAUAAGGUUGUGUUACAGUCAAGAGACUACAAUGCCUUGUCGAUGAGUGUGAUUGCGUUUGUGUCCAUGUUUUACCCACUCGAGUACAUGUUUCCGGUCAUCCCCCUUCUACCAACAUGUAUGGCUUCUGCCGAACAGUUGCUCUUGGCGCCAACUCCAUUUCUGAUAGGAGUUCCAGCAAGCUUUUUCUUGUACAAGAAGGACUUCCAGCUGCCAGAUGAUAUUUGGCUGGUUGAUCUCGACUCCAACAAGAUUAUUUCUCCGUCUACCGCUGAACACUUACCACCAUUGCCAGAUCCUGAAAGUACCGCUCUGAAGACUCACCUAAAACAGGCUCUUGCGAGCAUGAGCAUGACUCCUCAGCCAAUCAAAAAUCUUGAUGCUCUCGCACAAAACCCUGAAAUGUGGCACCGUCGGGAAAGCUUCUCGUCACAGACGGGAUUCAAUCCGCUGAUAUACGGCAACGACGUCGACUCGGUGGACGUGGCGACGCGGGUCGCGAUGGUUCGAUUUUUCAACUCGCCAAAUAUUCUUGGAAACUUCUGUGAGCACACCAGGACUAUGCGGCUGUAUCCUCGUCCAGUUGUCGCUUUUCAGUUGUACAGCUUCCUGAAGUCUCGUCCGAUAAAAUCACACUUCACCGCUAGACUCGCACGCACACAAUCUGUCGAAUAUUUUGGCGAGUGGUCACUGAGUCCCCUGAACGUGGUGUACCUGCGGGUGCAGACCGGUGUCUACGAUCCAUCGCUGAUCGGUGACAAGCCCAAGUGGUACGCCCAGCACCUGCAGCCCCUGGAGUUCAAGGUGUACGAUGAGAACUCAACGCUCGGUGCCGCGCUCAGCUCCUCCUUGGAGAUGUACAGCGAUGAAAUACCCACAGACGAGAGUGGAAGUGACAGCGAGGGUGCGGAAAGUACGAGUUCCUCCUACUCCUCUCUCAGUGACUUCGUCACCGACAUGAUGAACAGUGAAAUAGAUGGGGAAUCCCCAGCGUUUUACCGAGAGAACCAGGUUCUCGCUGUAGACGAAUCGAAGGUGUUCUGCCCGCCCAGCACGCUGCAUGUGCCCGAGAACCCGGCCACUAACAGCGACUCCGCCCUGUCCCUGCCGGACAGCGACCUCAGCUCCUCGGACUCGUCCAGCCCAACGUACAGCCAGGACGCGCCCAAAGAUACCCAUUCCAAGGAUAGCGAGAAUGAGGAUGGCCAGAUAUUCCGAUAUGACUCGGGUCAUGUGUCCAUGAUUGGCCAGUCUAUCAGCAGCCGACCCGGCAGUACGAGUUCGCCUGAUUCCCUGCGAAAGUCUCCCCACCCACCCAACGUGCAGGUGAUACGCACGACCGACCCACACACGACAGGCUUUGAGCCCUCGGAGAAAUCACCAGCCAUGCUGAAACCGCUUACGGGGAACAGGUCCUUCUCCAGAAACGACAGGGCCAGCAACUCCAGUGGGGGAUCCAGUGGGUCCACAAGGAAAACACUGAAGGCAUCAAGUGAUCGGGACUCUGACAGAUCAUCAGGCUCCUCCAUUAUUUCCACCAUCAGCAAUGAGCUCACCGACAUGGCGCAGUCUGCAACUACCACUAUGUCAGAACUCUUCGGAAGCAAUAAGUCAACGACACAGCAACAAGUAAAUAAGGGCCACUCCCACCACAACGCGAUUGCCAACAAACCACCUGCCAAACAGUUCACUCCUCUUGGACCCCGAAAAGCAUUAGUGGAGAAGUCUGGCCUGGUGAAACAUGCGAGCAGCAACAAGCCAGAAAUUCGCAAACAGCCUUCUAUGGAUGCAAGGAGUUCUUCCAAUAGUGAGAACCAACAGUUUCUGAAGGAGGUGGUGAAGAGCGUGCUGGAAGGGCAGGGCGUUAGCUGGCUGAAGCUGAAUCGCAUCAAGAAGCUGAUGGAGGAUGAGAACUACCGCAACUUCAUCAUCAGCCGCCUCAACAAGAACCUGGACCGCAAGCAGCCCGACGACAUGCCACACAUGGAAGACGUGUGUGUGAACCGCACUAUCUUCAAGGGCAUGCUGACGAUUGCCAAAGCCAUUUGCCAUGGUUUGGAGCACACGUAUCAAAACCACGGUCUGGGUGGGAUGGCAAGUGCAUUCAUGUUGAUGGAAAUACUGCACACCCACUACUGGUGUCGCGAGAUCAUUGGAGGGAGCAACAGCAACCGCAGUGACAGUCUCACCCCCGAUAUGGCCUCACUUCAUGGAAGCCACGAGAGUUUAGCCUCGUCUAAAGGUGACGAAUCUAUGCAGAAAUCAUCCAACGUUCAGAGUGUAUCUGAAGAACACGGACCAGCUGUGAUUGGUUCUCCAGUGAUUGUCAACGGAGAUGAGUUUGAGAAUCUCGAGAUCCCUGUCAUGUCCGAUAGCAGUGGACAUUCGGACAACUCGGUAGGCGGGACAGUGCGGCCGGUGAUGGACUUAAACAAAAAUGUGGGGAAACCGCCGCUGCCUGUCCACCAGCCCGUGCGUACCUGUGAUAUCAUCGUGACUGACCUGGACGAGUCAAGCGUUUCGGCGCGGUCGGGCGAUAUGAUGCACGAUAUGGUGAGGAACAAGGAGCUGCUGAAGUCGACGCGACUCGACAAGUUCAACAGUCUUGAUUCAGAGAUCUCUGAGGCAAGCACACUCGUCAGCACGAGCUCGGAGAAAGACGACGAACACAGGAAGCGAUCGCGCAUCAACCACCACUCCAUACGCAGCGCACUCAGCGACAGCGAAAUGGAUUCCACUGGGGUGAUGCGUUUCAACAAGAGGAACAGAUCUCCCAGCUCGUGGAGUGCGAAGAGCAACCUGAGUGUGGGCUACCGGUACACGGACGGGAAACUCAUCAACACUGCGCUGCUGCAGCUGAAAACCACCAUGGCAAAAACAUACCUCUUUGAGGGCAUGCUCGGAAAGGACCGUUCUCGCCUGUGGGACCAGCUCCAGUUCUGGGAGGACCUCUUCCUCGAUGCUGUGGCCCAGGAACGCGACAUCAUCGGCAUGGACCAGAGACCCUCUGAGAUGAUGGAGAGAUACCGGUCUCUGGGCAACCAGGAACGUAAGCGCCUGGAGCACGACGAGGACCGCCUGCUGUCCCAGAUGCUGUACAACCUGGUGGGUUUCAUGGUGAUGAUGAACGUCAACAAGAACGACACACGCCGCAAGGUGCGGCGGCUGCUCGGCAAGUCGCACAUCGGACUGCUCUACAGCCAGGACGUCAACAACCUCCUCGACCAGAUCAACAACCUGUUUGGUAAUGAUAUUGACCUUCGACCUUUGGCGAGUCGACAGAUGCAGAAACAAUCAUUCACUGUCCACUGGGGGACGGACAAUUCAGGAGACAUGUUAUUCAUGGAGGUUUGUGACGACUGCCUGUUACUGCGGAGUGUGACGGGAACGAUACACGACCGGUGGUGGUUUGAGAAGCUCGUCAACAUGACGUACUGCCCGAAGACCAAGGUGCUGUGUCUGUGGAGGAAGCAGGGCGACAAGGUGCAGCUCAACCAGUUCUACACCAAGAAGUGUCGAGAGCUGUACUUCUGUGUGAAAGAAUCGAUGGAGAAAGCAGCGUCGAGAAAUGCAGGAAAAUUACCAGGUCCUGAGUUAGGUGGCGAGUUUCCCGUGCAGGACCUGAAGACGGGUCAGGGUGGGUUACUCCAGGUGUGUAUGGAGGGGAUAGGUCUCCUGCUGGCCAAUAGCAAGUUGUUUAUUGAGCUAACACAUAUACGGAAAUGCUUCACACUCAAAGGAGGCAUAUUUGUGCUUGAGGAGUUUGAUUCCAAAACUAAACAAAUAGUACAGCACAAGUACAAGUCCAGUAUGAGCAACGAGGCCGCCCUUAUGCUUCACCGAAUAAUUACCGUCCGAUGGGCUAAAGUAGGAUACAUGAGAAAAAAAAAGGAUGAAAACGGAAACAGCUGACCAGAUUUGCUAUGCAGUUCUAUGCUUAUUUUCCUACAUAGCAGCAGGUAUGGAGCAUAGGAAGCAGUCAUGACUAGGUCACUAGCCAGUUGUAACAUGCCUUCUCUUUCCAUCGCAAUCACGCAGAAAUGCCUUCCAUAUGUAUGGGUAAUCCAACCUAAAAACAAACCUCCACAUGGAUUAUCUAUCUCGACCUAUAAACGAACCACAUAUGUAUGGGUAAUUUGACCUGUAAACAAACUUCCGUAUGUUUAUGGGUAUAUCGAUCUAUAAACAAACCUCCACAUGUGUAUGGGUAUCUCGGCCAAUAAACAAACCACAUGCAUAUAUGUAUGGGUAACCUGACCUAUAAACAGACUUCCAUAAAUGUAUGGGUAACCUGACCUAUAAACAGACUUCCAUAUAUGUAUGGGUAACCUGACCUAUAAACAGACUUCCAUAUAUGUAUGGGUAACCUGACCUAUAAACAGACUUCCAUAUAUGUAUGGGUAACCUGACCUAUAAACAGACUUCCAUAUAUGUAUGGGUAAUCUGACCUAUAAACAGACUUCCAUAUAUGUAUGGGUAAUCUGACCUAUAAACAGACUUCCAUAUAUGUAUGGGUAAUCUGACCUAUAAACAGACUUCCAUAUAUGUAUGGGUAAUCUGACCUAUAAACAGACUUCCAUAUAUGUAUGGGUAAUCUGACCUAUAAACAGACUUCCAUAUACAUAUGGGUAAUCUGACCUAUAAACAGAUUUUUAUAUAUGUAUGGAUAAUUGACCUAUAAACAUACCUACACAUAUGCAUGGGUAUAUUGACCUAUAAACAUACCUACACAUAUGUAUGGGUAUAUGGACAUAUAAACAAACCGCGUACAUAUGGAUAUCUUGACCUAUAAACAAACCUCCAGAUAUGUAUGGAUAUAUUGGCCUAUAAAAAAAUCUCCAUAUAUAAAAGUAUUUUAACCUAUUAAACAAACAUCCACAUAUGUAUUGGAAUCUCAUCUUAAAAAGAAACCUUCACUGCAGGCCUUCAGAUUUCAUAAAAACUAUUGUUUCUGGAACCGUGUUGGUACCGUGUUGGUAAAAACACAGAACUGAAAUUUCGUUUCCUGUGAUUAUUAUAUCGAGUACGACUAUUCAGUGGAACCUAAAAAUAGUUUCCGAUCAGUUCCCAUGAUCACAAGGCACGGAACCGAAACUGUGUUUCGCAUGAAAUUUGAAAUCCUAUGGCCUGCACUGUUUAUUAGUACACUAACCAGUCUCACUUUACAAAAUAAAAACGUGAGAUAACCAUGUAGGUAUUACUCUUCCGACCGCAAUGGCAACAUUUCUACAUAGCUGAAACUUGGUUUAUAGUUGCACUUAUAUAUGUUCAUCACAGCGUGAAACAAAUUAAAAAUUAACUAAUUAAACAUUUUUAAUUAAAAUAUAUUUGCUUUUCACUGAACAUUAAAGUUUUGUAUUUAGAUGUAUUUUUCACAAACAAUAAGUCCUGCAUCUAUGAAACUUGGUUUAUAGUUAACCUGUUCAUCGCAAUGCAUGUGAAAAAAACAAAAACAAAAACAAUUUGAUUUUUAAAAAAGAUUAAUUAAUAAAUAAAUAAAUAAUUAUUAUUAUUAUUAUUUUAUCAUGCACUGAGAUGACAUAUGUGGAUGAAACUCGGUGACAUUGAAUAAGUGUAUGGUAGACGAGACAUUUAUUUUCGCAGAAUUCUCGAUCAGAUUCACCAUUGUAAUACAUAAAUCUUCUUCUUUGUAAUAGGCCUACUGGGUUUAUUAGCACUAUGAUAGUUAAGCAGUGGGAGACAGCACAGUUUGCAUACCUGUACAGGUAGAUGUUGAAAACUAUGCAGUUGCCAUGCACCUAAAUCCUUGAUGUUGCUGACUUUUUAUUUGGCAGACGUUUUUUCUGUUAUUGCUGAUUUAUCUGUCUACUGAAACAAAAAAUAACUUUUCAUUCAGGAUUAUUUGAACAUACCAUUAUUAAUGAUAAAUAUUUCCAUUUCAAAAACAAAAAGUCUAGCAGUUGUCUCCCCUUUCACUGUUUUAUUUACUCCAUGUGUGUAUCCAAUUGCUUCUCAGUCAGUUUUUGAUGAAUAUUAAAUUGCAUAAUAGUAAUAAUAAUACUAAUAAUAAUAAUAACGACAAUAAUAAGAACUUUAUAAAAGCAAACUAAAAGUGUUAGGUUUGUUGAGACCUCAACAGUUAUAAUAUAAGGCAUAUUUGAAGUCUUGCAUCUUUAUAAAAAAAUUUAAAUGCAUCCUUCAUAUUAUUUUUUAUGUCUGUUGAUAGGUUUUAUAUUUUAGUGGUAAAACCACAUUUUAAAAAGUAUGGAAAUUUUUUGGGAUGUUGUAACUGCCAAACUGUACAAAAAGUCUUAUAUGUACAUGUAUGUUUGAAGUUGCUGCCAAAACCAAGUUUUGUCUUAUUGUACAUUUAUGAGGUAACUAAUCUGGAUAUAAAAACCCUUGUAUGUUUGUAUUCUAUACAGAUGGAUACCAUAUAAACAUGGCUCUACCUGUCGGGCAUAAACAAAAUUUUAAAACAAAUUUCUAAAUUAGUUUGAGUUUUCUAAUCAAAAUAUUAACCUUCCAUUACCGGUAUAUAGCUGUUCUCUUUAUGCGUGAUAUUAAACACGGUUCAUACUUAAAGUGUAAAUACUAAUAUUAAAUCUUAUUAUAUAUCGGAAGAAAACUAAAUUAUUUAGAAAUGGUCAAGAGAUUACAUAUGAAAGAAUAUUAAACAGACAUACAUUUAAAAAUUAAUUUAGAGUUUACAAUGUGUCUUUAUAAUUAAGUGAAAUAUUUGUGUUUUAACCAAAAAUAUUUAAACAAAACACAAGAUCUGUAAAUAGCAUUUAUUAUAGCAGAUUGUUAUAAUAAGUUUAAUCAAUGCCUAUAUAGUGAGUAGAAGAUAAUUUCUCAGUAGAUUGUCAUGAUAUCUGCUGUUAUUUAUAAGGCUUAGCUGAUAAAAAAAUCCCUCUUUAUUCAUGGUGCUUGAAGCUGGUUUUAUGUGUAAAUGUGUGCAAACAAACACUGACGGAUCGCUAUUCUUCAAACACUGACGAAUCGCUAUUCUUCAAACACUGACGAAUCGCUAUUCUUCAAACACUGACGAAUCGCUAUUCUUCAAAAACUGACAAAUCGCUAUUCAAACACUGACGAAUCGCCAUUCUUCAAACACUGACGGAUCGUUAUUCUUCAGUGUGAGAUUGCACACAUCGUCUUCCAUUACUCAGUUACUUUUAAAAAGUUUAUGCAUUUAUGUGAGUCUGCAUAUUACUUGGUCAUUAACUAGCAUCAGGAAGUAUGCAAACCACACACAGCAAAAUCUACUUAUAAUAUCUUUAUAUAUAUUAUAUAGAUCUAAUAUAUUAAAAUAUCUGUGUAUAUAUUCAUACAUAAUUAAAUUUGUUUAUAGCUAUAUUAUACAUUCCUUCAAGAAAGAUAUUUACAUAAAAAUAAUAUAUUUGAAUAUUAAAAUUUCAAUAUAAAUAUAUAUAUAUGUGUGUCAUGUUAUAUGGUGUGCCUCCUCUAUUCUAGAAACAAUUUUGCACAUAUUCAUAUUUGCUCAUUUUGAUUUUCAAACAUGAUGGUUGUGAUAGUGUUUGGCUCUGCGGUUAGACCAAUGGGUGAGGUUUACUAACUAAUGGACAGACUGACUGAUGGACUGACCUAUGGACUGACUGACCGAUGGACUUGAUGGGCAAAUCCAGUCUCCAGCAGGAUCUCUGUUAAUGUUUCGUCUCUGGCUGGUGGCCUGUCAUGUGUCAAUAAACUGCUGCCUGCCUGCCUGGGAUCCAAGCAUCAUCGCUAUGGACACGGGAUUCAUUCUACGGUUGUGAAGAAGAUUCAUUCUACGGUUGUGAAGAAGGAUUUCCAGGAUCGUGUUCCUAAACUGGUUGUCAACCAUGGUGAAGAUGUGUACAACAUACGAUACAACAGCAAUCAAUUGUAGCUUUAACUGAUCUCAGUUUUUGGUACCGUACGCACAUUUACCACUAAGAGCCUUUCCAUAUUUGUAGGUCCUUAACUGCCUGCGAAGUCUUACACAUGCCUUGAUGUGCUUUUCUUCAAGAAGAUAAAUGCAACAUAUCGUUUUGUAUAGGUUUGUUCAAAAAAAAAAAUUUGAUUGAUUUUUUUCUUUGUUGCCAGUUUUAAACAGUGAAAGUAAAACAUGACCAAGUCUUACAGUUCUGAAAACUUUGUAGUUAUUAUCUCUUUCUGUUUGUCAAAAAAACAAACCCCAAAGACUUGAAAUAUUGGAUUAAUUUGUGAAUAUAUUUAGUCUUUAAAUGUAUUUCAACUAUGCUGGCAGUUAUUAAACUACUAAUAUGAAAGGCUUAAUGGUACUGGUGCAAAUUUUAUUUAUGAAUAGAAAAAUUAAAAACGAUUAUUUAAAAGUUCAUAAAAUUAAGAUGAUAAAUUGUUAAAUAUGACUUAGCAUGUUACCAAGCCACUAACAUUAAAAAAAAAUAUGUUAGCAGUGCAUUAAGAUCCAUUUAUUCCUAAGAGAGAACUGCAGAAAUAAGCUUGUCAUAGAUUGCUUGAAUCCUCGUGUUCUGUUGAUGCAGACAGAGAUGGCUCCUCCCAGUGAGAUGGACUUGUGAUAUUUGAUUAAGCAGAAGAGGCGAUCUCGUUGGUCCACUGGAUUUGUUACUGCUUGUGACGCUCACACAGUAUUAGUAACUUGACAUUGCAUUGAUGCUUUUCAUCACUAGUCUUUUCAAACGUAGUUGUGUGUUCUCAUUUUGACGCCGGAAGACACUGCUGUGACCAGAAGCAGAUGUCUGUGAACACUGUAAUAAGAAAUCUUUGAGUGAUAUGUCACAUAAAGUCUUCUUAUGUAUAAUGUGCUGGAAACCAUUGCCAGAGGUAAUUGUUUUACGUCUGUGCAGACUCAUGCUUGUAAAGCUGUCAGAGCUUGGACUGUUAUCGACUUAUGGCCGACCUCCACUAAACAUUCGUGUGGUGGAUUCCCUUUCACACCAUCACUUGGUGGCCAUUCAUCAUACAGUGAAAUGCUGGAUUCCUGUUUGGACUUCCAAAAUCAUUACACAUCGUAAGACCCUGGUGAUGGCCUAAAAUAGUCUUAUGUCACUUGGCAUUUAUGUGGUGGGUUCCCUAUCACACCAUCACUUGGUUGCCAAACGUCAUACUAUGAAAUGUUGGAUUCCAAUUUGGAAUUCCAGAAUCAUCAGACAUCAUAAGGGCCUUAUUGCCUAAAAUAUUUGGUGUCCACAAAGUGAUGCUAUUGCAUGUUGCACAGUUGCUUCAUUUUGAAGUGAUGAUCAUAAAGUGGUGGUCAGCGAUAAUACAGAUUUACGUAGCAAGACAAAGUGAUGGUUGGUGCAGUCCAGGUUGUGUUUUGAGUCCAGACUCUUGACAGAUGUGUACGAAUGGAGUCUGGAGUAAAAUUACGGUUCAUCACAUCUCUCAGUUUACUAUGUUUAAAUGGGUGCAGGUUUCGUUCUAAUCCAUCUUUGUUGAAAUAUUUCAUAUUUAGAUAUCCUGUUUGGGCAGAUCCAAAUCGAUUUUUAUUUUUUGUGACAGCUUGUGGAGAAUUGAGUGACAUUGUUGUAAAUAUUAUCAUGACAUACAUCACAGGUAUCAUUGUAGACAAUCAAUUUAUCAGAGGUGGGGGGUGGGGGGUGGGGGGGGGUCCAGUCAUAAAAGUGAAUUAAAAAAAAACAUAUUGUGAAUAUUUAGGACCUGUGCUUUUAAAGCUUUCAAGUCUAGAUUCAAGUAUUUUAUGAUAUCAAAUGCAUAAAAUCUGUAUGCAUUACCGUGAUGUUAAAGUUUUCAUACAUUAUUAAAGAUUUGAGUCUGGACUUCAAAUGUUUUAUUAGCACAAGGCCUGUUCUGUUAUGAGGGAAUUUUUAAAGCACAUUGAAGAUUUGGUGUUUGUUUUUAAGUUAGCAUACCUUUAGCAAGCAUUGUGACAGACAACAUAAUCCCAUUAGUCAGUCUUUGUGAGAACCUUGUUUUUUUAAAUGAUAUAGAACAAAUUACUUAGUACUGCUGAUAAUUAUUGACAGUGUUUGGAAGUGAUUAUUGUUAAUUAGACCGUGAUGCAGGGGAAUAUUGUUCACAUGCCAUUCUUGCUUUCUAGCCCAGACACAUAUCUUGUACAACCAUAAUUUCAUAAAUUGAAGUCUGUUUUUUUGUUGUUGUGAAUUUUAGUAUACUAGUAUCCAAUUAACAAAAAUAUCAUCUUCAAAUGUAAUCUUCUCUAUCACCCAUGUCCUAGAUUGCCAUCUAGAAAAUGUUAAAGGUGACCUUUUUAUUUGGCCUUCUUCAUGACAUCCAUGCUAUUCUAUAAUCUUAUAUAUAGUGGAUACUCGUGGAUCUGCCCAUUCUAGUAAAUAUGUGAGAUCUGGAUCUCUGUUACGGAAAAAAUACUAGAGCUGCACUUGUAGAAUGUGUACUAGACCAAGUGAUUCAAGUUAGUGGAUUGUGGGUCAUGUAUAAGCCGUGUCUCGCCAUAUUGGGACUGAACCAGCUUGUAGCAAAUUAUGGACUUGUACUUACAGCCGAUAUCUCUAGCAAUAAGCAGUUGCCUUCACGGGAUAGAACUUGUUUUGUACUUAGUAACGACACUAGUGUAGUUGACAGGUGUGAGUGUGGAGAUCACCUCUGAUGACAUCUUCCUCCCCUAUGUAGUGAUAGUGACCGCCAUUACCCCUGUGAAUAGAAGUUGUCACAUUUUUGUUGUGCAGGAUCUGGAAUCACAAGUAUUAUGAAAGUUUUACUUAACCUAAAACCCCAAACAAGUUUUUGUUUAGUUUGAGCACAGAGUAAAAAAAAAUUAGUUGUAUAAUCAAUGGGAGAUCUGGAUCCCGUUCCACGAUGCGAUCUCGGCACUAAAAUCAUCUUAAGUUGUUGUGGCAGUAAUGCACUUAAGAUGCUCUUGGCGCUACGAUCGCUACUGACGUUCAAAAGAAACUUUAAAAGGCUUGAAAUUGUAUUAUAGAAAACCAACACACGGUAUGGUGGAAUAUGAAAGUAUCAUAAGAGUUCAGCAUCUAAACGUGACUGCAUUUCGGGAUACAUUCAAAGUAUUUGUAAGGUGCUUUCUAAAUUGGUUAUUUUCGAUUAUUGAAUUAUUCAAAUUUUAUGUAUGUAAAGUUCUUUUGGACGUCAGUAUAUAAUUCCAGCUUGUAUUGGCUGUUAACACUAUAAAGUUAAUAUAUAUUCUAUUUAAUUAAUUAUUGCUUUCUUUUAUUAGUUUUGCUUGACAUGCUAGUAUAGAAUUUGCAAAGCAGUUAUAAUUACUUAUAAAAGCAGGAAUGCUUUAUCUUCCUACAUCUACAGAUUUCCGUUCAUAAUACAUAUUUUUUAUUUACUUGUAUUUUUUCUUGUUUUUCUGGUUAUAUUUUUUGAUAAUUAUUUUUACGUAAAAAGAUUUUAAAAAUAUAUAAAUACACUAUAAACAAGUAAACAAAAUAAGUAAAUAAAUAAACAAACAAAAAACAAAUCAUUACGUUUGAACAGAAAUAUGUUCGUUUUUCAUUAGUUUAUUCAAUUUGAUUUUGAGUGUUUAUAUAUCAGAUUCUCUGUAUAACUGCAUCUGUUUCUGGGUAUUUUCAUUUUAUUUCAAACGUUCCUUUUAAGACUGUCCUUGAAAUCCAUGUGUUUAUUUUUAAAAUUAAAACCUCAUUGUGAAUUGCAUACGGUGCAUGAACAAUGUAAUUAGUAACAACCAAUUUGUUUUUGUUUUGUUUCGUCUUCUUCUCGUAUUCGUCUAAUGCCUUUUUCUUGUUUUGUUACUGGAUGCCGACCAUUCCAGUUUCAACAGUUACUGUCCGGUUUUUACUGAACUGUGAUCGCAUGCAUUACUUCCCAGUUUAAUUAAAUUUGUUACUAUGUAUUUAACAAUUAUCAUUGUAUAAUAUGAAAGAUAUUAUACAAUGAUAAUUGUUAAAUAUUCCCAUUUGGCCAUACCAUUGUUUUAAGGCCGAUAAUAAUUGUUUUAUUACACCUGGAGCGAGGUUUGAGACCUUGAUAUUUCCUUACCCAAAAGGAUUUAUUAAUGAUGUAAUUAUGUUAAAUUUAUAAUAAUUAUUAUAAUUAACGUUGGGGUGACACGUCUAUUUUGGUGGGGUCGUCUUACAUGAGCACUAUCACUGCAUCAGAAAUCCUUGAGUUUUCUGUCCCAGAGUUCCUUUACUGGCUGUAUUAUUCAUCCAUAGCUGUAGUUGUUCAUUCACAUGAUAUAACGUGCAAUAUUGUUUCUUUUAUAAGGCAAGUGUGAUUGGAAAUUAGUUGUUUUACUAAUAAAAUAAAUAAACUUUUUUUUUGAAUCAGU